AUGACGCUGUACUCUCUGUCCUCAGAGGCUGUGGAGGUGCAGGAGCUGUCCUCCAUGUUUGUCCAGGUGAAGACAGUCUUUGGGCUCCGGCUGCAGUACUCCUGGUCUGAGUCCAGGCUUUACCUGCAGCUAGACCAGCGCUGGCUCCAGGACACGCUGGGACUAUGUGGGACCUUCAACGGGAACAACCAGGACGACUUCCUGUCUCCUUCUGGGAUGGUGGAGAGCACACCUCAGCUGUUUGGGAACUCCUGGAAGCUGUCGUCAGGAUGCAGCUCCAGCCUCCCCCUCCUCCCCCACAGCGACCCCUGUGACUCACACCAGCAGAGCGCGACCCCUGUGACUCACACCAGCAGAGCGGUGAGUCUCCCCCUCCUCCCCCUCCUCCCCCACAGCGACCCCUGUGACUCACACCAGCAGAGCGCGACCCCUGUGACUCACACCAGCAGAGCGGUGAGUCUCCCCCUCCUCCCCUCCUCCCCCACAGCGACCCCUGUGACUCACACCAGCAGAGCGGUGAGUCUCCCCCUCCUCCCCCUCCUCCCCCACAGCGACCCCUGUGACUCACACCAGCAGAGCGCGACCCCUGUGACUCACACCAGCAGAGCGGUGAGUCUCCCCCUCCUCCCCCUCCUCCCCCACAGCGACCCCUGUGACUCACACCAGCAGAGCGCGACCCCUGUGACUCACACCAGCAGAGCGGUGAGUCUCCCCCUCCUCCCCCACAGCGACCCCUGUGACUCACACCAGCAGAGCGCGACCCCUGUGACUCACACCAGCAGAGCGGUGAGUCUCCCCCUCCUCCCCCUCCUCCCCCACAGCGACCCCUGUGACUCACACCAGCAGAGCGCGACCCCUGUGACUCACACCAGCAGAGCGGUGAGUCUCCCCCUCCUCCCCCUCCUCCCCCACAGCGACCCCUGUGACUCACACCAGCAGAGCGCGACCCCUGUGACUCACACCAGCAGAGCGGUGAGUCUCCCCCUCCUCCCCCUCCUCCCCCACAGCGACCCCUGUGACUCACACCAGCAGAGCGGCCCCUAUGCCACAGAGAGGUGCUCGGUGCUUCUUCAGGAGGAUUUCUCCAGGUGCCACGGGGUGCUGAGUCCUGCUGUGUUCCUGCAGCAGUGCAGAGCUGAGGCCUGUCGCUGCGGAGCCUCCUGCGUCUGCGCCGCUCUGGCUCAUUACGCUCGACUGUGUCGCCAGCGCGGCGUGACCGUGGACUUUAGAGCUAACCUCCCCGACUGCGAGGUUGUGUGUCCGUACUCAAUGCUCUACGGUCCUUGUGUGUCUUCGUGUUUGCGUCGAUGUUCUUCUCUGUCGUUGUCGUGUUCAGACGAGUGCGAAGAGGGCUGUGUGUGUCCAGAAGGAACCUACUACAACCACCGCAGCCGCACAUGUGUGCAACGGAGUGAGUGUCCCUGCAGUUUCCUGGGAGCAGACUAUGAUCCUGGAGACGUGAUCAUGACGUCAGCAGGUGUUCAGUUGUGUGUAGACGGGAAACUGGUGUCUCAGAGUCCAGCGAGCGACGGCCUGUGUCCCGUGGGUCAGAUCUUCCUGAACUGUUCGGACGCCCCUGUGAUGUCACAGAGGGGUGUGGCCUGUGAGCGUACCUGUGAGUCCUACUUGCUCAACCUGACCUGCUCCGCCCACGAGCCCUGUGUGUCUGGAUGCACCUGCCCGCCAGGGUCAGUCUCACCCGCCAGGGUCACUCUUUACCUCACCCGCCAGGGUCACUCUUUACCUCACCCGCCCUGGGUCACUCUUUACCUCACCCGCCCUGGUCACUCUUACCCUAACCCGCCAGGGUCAGUCUCACCCGCCAGGGUCAGUCUCACCCUCACCCGCCAGGGUCACUCUUACGCUCACCCGCCAGGGUCACUCUUUACCUCACCCGCCAGGGUCACUCUUUACCUCACCCGCCCUGGUCACUCUUACCCUAACCCGCCAGGGUCAGUCUCACCCGCCAGGGUCAGUCUCACCCUCACCCGCCAGGGUCACUCUUACGCUCACCCGCCCUGGUCACUCUUACCCUCACCCGCCAGGGUCAGUCUCACCCGCCAGGGUCAGUCUCACCCUCACCCGCCAGGGUCACUCUUACGCUCACCCGCCCUGGUCACUCUUACCCUCACCCGCCAGGGUCACUCUUACGCUCACCCGCCAGGGUCAGUCUCACCCGCCAGGGUCACUCUUUACCUCACCCGCCAGGGUCACUCUUUACCUCACCCGCCUGGGUCACUCUUACCCUCACCCGCCAGGGUCACUCUUACGCUCACCCGCCAGGGUCAGUCUCACCCGCCUGGGUCACUCUUUGCUUCACCCGCCUGGGUCACUCUUUACCUCACCCGCCCUGGUCAGUCUCAGUCUCACCCGCCAGGGUCACCCUCACCCAGAGGAGGCCUCUCUCUGUCUGCACUGGGCCCAUUACUCCUCUGA